CGCCGCCGCGUUUGCAUCGCGUCGUCGUCCUCCUGGCACACUUUCCUUGCCAGCCAUAUCCUAUCUCUGCAUUGUCUAUGUCCCCCGUGUCGCUCGUGUGGUUUGUCUCGCAUGCUCACUCGUUCACUAUCACACAUCUGACCGCGUUUGGUUCAUCUCCUGCUCGCCCACUCAGCAGCUCUUGCUCGCCCAGGCAUCAGAUCUUGCUGACUCGCAUCCUUGCCUCGCCCGCGCUUGCCGCCCUCUUGCUGGUUCAAACGUUCACUUGCCAUUGGUAUCUCGCCUGCUCUUGCCUGCCCGCUCCCUUAUGAACCUUCCGUCAGCUUAUUCAUAUGCUAGCUCGCUCGCCAGCGCCCGCCGUCCGCUCAUUUGCCAUCUGACUCGCCACCUCAAUGUCCCCCUCGUCUGCCACCUUGCUUGUCCGCCCUCGCGUUUGCCAUGCCCCGCUGAACCGUGUCCUAUCUGCUGUUGACCGUGCCCGCCAUUUCGUUCGCCCGUUAUCUUGUCAUCCCUCCUGCCCGCCGUCUCGCACCCGCCGACUUGCCCUCUCGUGCCUGCGCAUUUGCUUUCUCGCGCCCGCCCAGCGCCCACUGUCUUUUCGUGCCCGCCCACUGUCUGUUCGUGCCCGCCCACUGUCUUUUCGCG